AGGAAGAAGCCGAAGAGAAGAAAAAGAUGAUCAUUGAGUGGAAAUGUGAAAAAUUUUGGAGAAACAGGAAAUUAAUGUGUCUUCAUUAUAUUCUAUAAAAGGCUAUACUGGUAUUCUUACACUUAUAAACUUGUUAAAUAUCUGUAUUUCCAAAUAUAGAGUUACAUGUCAUUAAACCUUUAAAUUAUGAGUUUUGGGUUCAAAAUUCCCAGUCUGAAUCCAAAUUCCUCUCUCUUUCAAAAAAAAAAAAAAAAAAUCCAAAUUCCUCUCACAUUGUUUCUUCGGAUCCGAACAUAGCGGUCUGCUUCUUUACCAUUUCAAACACCCCCACCGUUUAUCAAAAAAUUUCAAACACUCCCAACAACCCAACCUCACAUAGAGGCUUCCAAAAAUGGCGUCCUUCGACUCCUUCACCAACGAAGCAGAUGACCAGUCCCACCUCCAUACCCACUCCCCCACCUCCCGACCAUUCGACGACGAUUCCUACAUGGGUUACGACCCUUCCUUCAACAACCCUUCCAACGACGAUGACUUCACCUCUUCAGCCGACCACCCACCUCCAUCCUCCUCUGAUUUCCAAGACGACGUAGCCGCCAACACCAUCCACCACGACCACCAUGCUUCUGACGAUUAUGGCUUCGGGAUGUCGACGAGCCCAAAUCCGGACUAUUCCUCUCGUUUCGAAUCCGCCAAGCCCGAGGUCAAUGGGGAUGGCAAAGGGUACGGUGUAGGUGCUCCUAUUGAUGAUGAUGAUGGGUUUUUCUCCUCCGAAGGGCCUAUACUACCCCCGCCUGAACAUAUGCAAGAGGAAGGUUUCGCACGCCGAGAAUGGCGUCGUCAGAACAUGAUCCAUCUCGAGGAGAAGGAGAAAAGAGAGAAGGAAAUGAGGAACCAAAUCAUCAACGAAGCUGAGGAGUACAAAAAAUCUUUUUAUGAGAAAAGAAAGGUCACUUGUGAAACUAACAAAGCUAACAACAGGGAAAGGGAGAAGCUUUACUUGGCUAACCAAGAGAAGUUUCACAAAGAAGCUGACAAACAUUACUGGAAAGCAAUAGCAGAGCUCAUUCCUCGUGAGGUCCCAAACAUUGAGAAGAAAAGAGGGAAGAAAGAUCCUGAGAAAAAGUCUUCAAUCACGAUCAUUCAGGGCCCUAAGCCUGGGAAACCAACUGAUCUUUCAAGAAUGCGGCAAAUUUUUGUGAAGCUAAAACAGACUCCUCCACCUCAUAUGAUGCCUCCCCCACCUGCACCUAGCAAAGAUGGUAAGGAUGCGAAGGAAGGAAAGGAUGCAAAGGAGAAAGGGAAGGACACAAAAGAAGGAAAGGAUGCCAAUAAUGAGAAAGCAACUACACCAACUGCUGCUGGGGAGGCGUUGGUAGCGGCAGCUGGAGAGAUUCCUCCAUCACCUGCUAAAGAUGUCAGUUCAAAUGGUACUCCUGACUUAUCCAAUCAAGAGGCUUCUGUUGCAGCUGAGGAAAAGAAAGUUGCAGAAACAGAGCCGGUCGCUGCUGAGUGAUAAUACUUUUUCCUCAUCUUUUAAUUAAUUUCCUUCUGUUGAUUAUUUUGAAUUUUAUUACAUUCUCUGCUUGCUAUUCAUUUCGAAGAAUAAGCACAGUUAUCAGUUAGAUUCAGCACCAGUCUGCGGAAUUAGCUGUGCGGACCUUCUUCCUGCCUUGCUUUAGGAUUUUUGUAGGGCUAGCAUUUGUAAGGGAAAAAACCCUGUUUCUUCCACUUGUUUUGACAUUCAUUAUUUAGCUAAUAUAUUCACUAGAGUUGAAUGUCACGUUUACUAGUUUUUGGGUC